AUGCUUAUAGAAAACACUAAUGAUCGGUUUGGUAUCGUCAUAGACGCAGGGUCUUCGGGUUCGAGAAUUCAUGUGUUUAAGUGGCAGGACACGGAGUCACUUCUUCAUGCAAAAUACCAGGACUCUGAAUCCAUAUUUCAAUCAGUACCCCAUAUCCAUCAAGAAAAUGACUGGACUUUCAAAAUAAAUCCAGGCUUAUCGACUUUUGAAAAAAAUCCCCAAGAUGCGUACAAAUUUCACGUCAAGCCAUUAAUAGAUUUUGCUAAAAAAAUUAUCCCUGAAUCACAUUGGUCGAAUUGUCCUAUUUUUAUUCAGGCCACCGCGGGCAUGCGUCUCUUACCUCAAGACAUACAAUCUGCCAUUUUGAAUGGUUUGUGUCAAGGGCUCAAACACCCUUCAGAAUUUUUAGUUGAGAAUUGCUCCGCACAAAUUCAAGUCAUUGAUGGUGAAACCGAAGGGUUGUAUGGCUGGCUCGGCUUAAACUAUCUAUAUGGACAUUUCAAUGACUAUAAUCCGGAAGUUCCUGAUCAUUUUACUUUCGGGUUCAUGGACAUGGGCGGCGCCUCUACUCAGAUUGCAUUUGCACCGCAUGACCUAGAAGAAAUAGCUAGACAUAGAGAUGACAUCGCCACCAUCCUCUUGAGGAGCGUUAAUGGAGAUUUACAGAAAUGGGACGUUUUUGUUAGUACAUGGUUAGGGUUUGGUGCCAAUCAGGCUAGGAGAAGGUACUUAGCUCAGUUGAUAAAUACCCUUCCAGAAAAUACGAAUGAUUAUGACAAUGAUGACUUCUCUACAAGGAAUUUAAAUGAUCCAUGUAUGCCGCGGGGAAGCAACACUGAUUUUGAAUUUAAAGAUACCACUUUUCAUAUUACAGGUUCGGGGAAUUAUGAACAAUGUACAAAAUCUAUUUAUCCCUUACUUUUAAAAAACAUGCCUUGUGAUGACGAGCCGUGUUUGUUCAACGGUGUCCAUGCUCCUCGAAUAGAUUUUGCCAAUGAUAAAUUCAUAGGUACUUCCGAGUAUUGGUACACUGCCAACGACGUAUUCAAAUUGGGGGGUGAAUACAACUUUGACAAAUUUAGCAAAAGCCUAAGAGAAUUUUGCAAUGCCAAUUGGACGCAGAUAUUAGCGAACAGUAAUAAGGGCAUGUAUAAUUCUAUUCCGGAUAAUUAUUUGAAAGAUGCAUGCUUCAAGGGCAAUUGGGUUCUUAAUAUACUUCAUGAAGGGUUUGAUAUGCCUCGAAUAGAUGUCGACGCCGAAAAAGUCGACGAUAAGCCUUUAUUUCAAAGUGUGGAGAAAGUUGAUGAACGAGAAUUAUCGUGGACAUUGGGCAGAAUUCUACUUUAUGCUUCAGGAAGCAUAUUGGCAGGUAACGAUGACUUCAUGGUGGGUAUUGCGCCCAGUGAAAGAAUAACUAAACUCACUGGUAAGAAAUUUGUACCUGGCAAGUUACUUGAGCCGGAUCAACCACGCAAGCAAAGCUCUAGUCUUUCUACUAAAGGGUUUUUGAUGUGGUUCUCAAUAAUUUGUUGUAUAUUUUACUUGAUCUUUAAUAGGUCUCACACGAUCAGAAGACGUUUUUCCGGAUUAUGUAAUAUGGCCCAGGACUUCAAGACAGGUAUAAGGAGAAAGUUAAAAUUUCUAAGGAGACCAGAUCCAUUUUCCAGAUUGGAGGAAGGUGAAAUUGGAACAGAUGCAGAUAGCUUUAAAGAUGUGUACAGGAUGAAGAGUAGCAGUAUGUUUGAUCUCGGUAAGAGUUCGGCUACAAUGCAAAGAGAGCACGAGCCACAGAGGACAGCAAGUCAAUCCGCUAAUCUCGCUUCGUCAAACAUACGACCUGCGUUUUCCAUGGCUGAUUUUUCCAAAUUCAAGGACAGUAGGCUAUACGAUUGA